UCUCUCUCUCUCUCUCUCUCUCUGUGCAAAGCUCUCUUGUUCCAAGCUUCAGAGAUUCAAUUCAUAUCAACACAGUUUCCAGAACAAAACAGGGGACCAUAGAUGGGCCUUUUCAAGGUCCUCGGCCUAUUGAAAACCCUUCUCCUACUGUCUGCAAUAGGUGUCAUAACACCCUUUAUUGAAGCUUCUUCUGAUGGGAAUGCUGCUAGAAAAUUGCAUUUGACAACCACAGUUAUGGAAGAUAACGACAUUACCAGCUCCUCAUAUCCCUCCCCUUCUCCUCCGCCGUCGCCGCCGCCGUCUCCGGCGGACGAGAGAUCGAACAUGUCGUCUUUCAAGCCCAACAUUGCGGUAGUUGUUGCGGUUCUGACCACCGUAUUUUCAAUUACAUUUCUGUUACUUCUCUAUGCCAAGCACUGCAAAGGGGGGAGAAAUGGGUACUACUCCGCAAGUUCCAGAGGGAGGGCACCGCCGUCCACGGCGAGGAAGAACUCCGGCGUGGACCGCACGGUGAUAGAGUCACUCCCCAUUUUCCGAUUCGGUUCGCUGAGAGGCGAAAAGGAUGGGCUCGAGUGCGCAGUGUGCUUGAACCGGUUCGAGUCCACGGAGGUCCUGAGAUUGUUGCCCAAAUGCAAGCACGCGUUUCAUGUCGAAUGCGUCGACACUUGGCUCGACGCACAUUCCACUUGCCCUCUCUGCCGCUACCGAGUCGACCCCGAAGACAUCCUCCUCCUCGCCGAUUUUGCCAAAAUUUUAGCCCCAAACGAGCCAUUGCCGCCGCCGCCGCCGCAGACGACGCCGCUAGGCGGCGAGGAAAAUGAGAGAUUGGAAAGUAUACGGCGAGUCUCGGGGAGGCAUUCGUCGGCGGGGGAGAGAGGAAGUAGCUCUAGCUCUAGCGGUGGUUCCUUGCAAAUUGUCCUCCACAGACCGAGCGAUUCUUCUAGAAGAUCUCUGGAUAGUUGGAACAUGAGGAAGAAGAAGAAGAAGCCUGAAAUUGUCUCCGUUGGGUGCUUCGAUCGACAGUGUCGGAAAGAUGGGCUGUUACUGACAUCGCAGGAGGACCGGCGGCGAUUGGAGCACCGAAUCAUAAUCGGCGGCGACGGCGGUGGAGGGUUUUACCGGAGGUGGAGCGACCUGCAGGCGUCGGAUCUGCUGUAUCUACGGUCGGAAAUGGUAAUGAGUGACAGCCGUCGAUUAUCGGCGUCGUCCUCGGGAUCUCGGCCGUCAGAGAGCCGACAUCAGCAGCAGAAUCAUCCGCAGCAGCAGCAGAAUAAUGAGUGGCAGAGUAGCAGAAGCGUAAUAAAUGGGAGAAGCGUGUCGGAAAUCACGGGGCUGAGUAGGUUCGGGAACACGAAUGAUAACGGCCACCGUCAGCGGCGGCAGAACCACCAGGAGUGGCGGUGGACGUGGCGGCGGAGGGAGGCAGAGGGGGAAGCAGGGGUGGUUUCGAGAUGGAUGGGUUGGAUUUCACAAUCACAAUCACACUCACACUCAGAAACACAACUGACUCAACCACAUGUACGGUCCUGACCCACCUGCACCUUACUAGCUUAUAGUUAUUAGUACCACUGUAGCUGUACUAUUAAAAGUGUAUAUAUCUAAUCUAUAUAUCUUUCGAUAA